CUUCGUUUGGCAGCAGCAAGCAUAUUACUAGAAGCUUAUUCAGUACUUCACUAAGUGCGGGCUACUUACCGGUGCCUUCAUAGCGUUUCGGUGAUCACGUUUGGUGCCUUUUAUGUAGUCAAGCACACCUUGUAAUCCUUAAGGUUGAUAUUUAAGCAUGAAGGACAGCAAGGAUGGAGUGCACUUGCACGAAUCAGUCGUUAAGGCGGGUGGCUUGGCGCUUGGUGCAGCAGCUUUAGGCUAUUGGUACCAUUACAACGAGAACAUCGCGGUGCCUCCCCGAAUAUGGGUUGGCGAUGGACCACUUCGGGAUAAAGUUCUACCACAUUGCAGCACGCUGCUUCGUCCUUUCAAGCCAACACCCUGGGCCGCCAACUGCCAUUCCCAAACCUUGCUUGGACUUCUCCGCACCAUCACCAUGCGCGACAACUACCGCCGCCAGCUUAUCCUCACAACAGAUGGAGCCACGCUAGGUCUCGAUUGGUUCGAUGGCUGCGACUCCGCCUCCUAUCCCGCACCCCUCACCGCCCCCAUCCUGCUCGUCUGUCACGGGGUCAACGGCGGCAGUCACGAGGGAUACGCCAAGUGGAUCUGCGCAGGGGCGGUGGCCCGCGGCUGGCGGGCGGUUGUCCUCAACUACCGCGGCUGCAACGGUCUUCCGUACACCGCUCCCCGAGGAUAUGCGGCCACCAUGUCCCAUGACGUGUUCACGGCCAUCUACUCCUUACGAGCUCGCUUCCCCUCCGCGCCCCUGCUGGCCGUGGGCUACUCGCUGGGCGGCCUCAAGCUCACCAAGUACCUGGCGGAGGCGGACGCGGGGCUGCACGAGCCGCCGCCCGGGCACCCGCGGCUGUGGGCGGGCGGCAGCGGGCUGGCGGGCGCGGCGGUGGUGAGCAGCCCCGUCAGCAUGGGGCGCAGCGCGGAGAGGCUGGGGGGCAGCGCAGGGCUCGCGUAUAACCUGGCGGUGGC